AUGAUAUUAAUUAUUUCUCUCACUCGAAUAGACGUGAUUAUCUUACGAAUGUGACUAUGUGACUUGUUAGAGUGUCUUUAACUGCGAAUUUUACUAUUCGAAUUUUUAUAAGCUGCGCGCAUUAUUCCUUGCUUUUUAUCGAAACCAUAUUGCAUCUUAUCACAAUUCUACGCGAAGUGUGCAUUUUAACUUUUUAUUUAUGCAGUGCUCCGUGACCUGUGGUACCGGAAUACGGACGAGGACGAUCGAAUGCAGAGAUGGUGUUGGUGCCAUCUCCAGGGAUUGCGACCCCGCGGAACGCCCUCAUACCGAGCAGGAGUGCAAGACGAACGUCGCAUGUUCCACAUAUGGAGACGGUAUGACACAACCUCUGGUGCAACCGUAUCCGGUGUCAGAGAAAUUGAUGGACCAGCCAAUACCUUCCGAAUCGACGUUUAUCGCCGAGGAUUGGUCCCCCUGCAGCGUCACCUGCGGGGAGGGUGUCAGGCAUCGAGAGGUGCGCUGCAAGAUCUACCUCGAGUUCAGCCAGACCAUCGCCAAGCUGCCGGACAGCCAAUGCUCCGGCCCGAAACCCGUUGAGACGGAGAAGUGCUCGAUGGGGCCGUGCGGCUUGCUGGAGAACAGCCUAUACAGGAUCGUCGGCGAUAGCGGAUACGCCGAGUCAAGCCUGACGGAUUCGUACGGUAGAUCAUCGGGUAGUUCCGGCGGAAGCGGAUACGACAGUGGUAUCAAGGUCGCCCCGGGUAGCGACGUGCAAACUACAUACUCAUGGAAGGAAACUGGUUACACCCCCUGCAGUGCUACAUGCUUAGGAGGUAUCAAGGAUCUUAUCAUAAAUUGCGUACGGGACGAUUCUGGGAAAACCGUGAUGCCACUUUUGUGCGCCUCAGAAACGAAACCAGAAGCGAGGAUACGAGUCUGCAAUGAUCAUCCGUGUCCUCCGAGGUGGAAUUAUAGCGAAUUCUCCACUUGCAUGAGCCCUUGCGGUAUUGGUAUACAGACACGUGACGUUACCUGUAUCCACGAGGUGACACACGGCACCGGCAAAGCAGUAGCCGUUCCAAAUUACAUGUGUCCGCAACCACCGCCCGCCGACAGACGAUACUGCAAUGUCUGGGAUUGUCCUGUCAAGUGGAGCACGGGGGAAUGGGGGAAGUGCUCGAAAACGUGCGGUGGUGGUGUGAAGAGGCGAGACGUGAUUUGCGAGCAGAUAAUGGCGCAAGGUCGGAAGCAGAAUCGCGAAGAACGCGAAUGCCCAGCUCAAAAGCCAGCCAGUGAGAAACCUUGUAAUACUAGAGCCUGUCACGACUCGGCCUCGAGCUCUCUCAAUGUACCGCCGAUUAUCAGUAGCUUAAAUACAUCGUACAAUCAAACCGAUAUCGGCGCGAAAAUAGAUUUGAAAAUUGGCGGAAUCGCCAGGAUUUUUCAAGGGACGCCUUCUAUCAAAAUUCGCUGUCCCGUUCGAAAGUUUGACAAAACGCAGAUCGUAUGGACGAAGGACAACAAGGAAAUACGAAAAUCGAGAAAAUUCAAGAUUAGCAGGAAGGGAGCUUUGAAGAUAAUCGAUAUAGCUUCUUCGGAUUCGGGAGUCUACGCAUGUAUUGCAGGAAAUUCGCGCGCAGAGACGCAAUUGAUAGUGAAAUUUCGCUCCAAAGAGCAGAUAAGUAGCGAGGAAUAUUUACGACUCGGAAAUUCCGUUCAGCUACAACGAAACGCGAAUCUCGAUUCUGCACCGGCGAAUUCUGGCGAAAGUCCGUACACCGAUCACGCAGCAGCCUACGGAAAUCGUUUUGAUAGCGAAGAUCUCAGUCACGAACGCGCGUUUCCGAGCAAACCGACGAGAAAACCACAUCAGAAGAAGCAGAAAACCAGUCCCACUCCAUCAGACGCCACGAUGAUGCACAAAGAGCAUACUGUUACCUCUCUCAACCAGCCGGGAUAUCACGAAUCCGUGGAAUCACCCGCUCCAUCAAGUGCUUCUACUCUUGUGCCGCACUUAAGCUACUUGAUAUCGAGCUUGAAGGCCUAUUGGCCGUUUCACAGCGAAGUAGCCACGGGUGGUAGUCGCAGGAUCGCUUCCACAUCGUUCGUCGAAGAUGGGCACAAAAGGGCCGCGACGACGAGGCGUAGAAUGUCUAAUCGAAAUACCGAUUUCACGUAUCAAAGCGUAGAGAAUAGCUUUGACAGUUUAUAUCGUAACACGGCCAUCCCGGACGAGACCUUCGGUCCAGACGAGGAGCGUAUAUUUAUCGACGUCGAUCCUUACGAUCUGGACGAAUCUGUAUUCGAGCUGCAACACGGCGAUGGCGUCAAGUCGGCGGCCGACGUAAUGGAGAAAGUAGGUACUAAGCUUACCACGAAGCCCGAUAUCGAUUAUAUCGAGGAGUCGUUAAAAAAUGUGAAGCGACAGUGGCAAGAGUCGAGAAACGAGUACCGAGACCAGUGGAGCACCACGCCCAAAAGUCACGUUCAAAGCAGAAUCACGACGGAAUCUAUCACGUCUCCACAAAACGGUGGAGUGGACGUGUAUUAUGUUGAAGACUCGAGCACGAAAAAGGAAAUGCUCAAGGAGGGAGGCAGUUUCGCCGACGAUAGUGAUAAGUCCAUCAAUCAUGGCGCUUAUGGGAACUUGAGAACUGAAGAUUCAUCGACCGUCACCUCCACAAUGAUGUCUAGAAGUCUUGAAGAUCGAUUAAGGAUACCGGAGUCGGAUCAUCGUAGUUUGAGCCACGCGAACAGGACAAUCAAGUACAGCGACGCGUUCGACGAGGAGUUGGAUAAGCGGAAAAUCGUGCCGUAUGUGGAAAAUCACACGGUGGAUUAUACAAUCGUGCGAUUUCCGGCUACUAGAGACCUGGAAAAUAGAGCGAAGGAAGACUCGACGUUGAUAGAUGAUCGGAGGUCGAGCGUCGUUGGGGAGAAUCCUGACGAGAACGUAAGAAAUUUAUCUCGCAAUCGCGAGGAUCACGCUGGCUCCAUAGAAAAGGCCUUCUCAGAUAAUCUAAAAGAAAUAUUUAGAGAGGAGCAACGUUCGACCGAUGGAGAUAAGCCCGCGGACGUUUUGACCUCCACAGUAACAAGAGAGGACGAUACAACGAAAGAUCCCGCUGUAGAAUCGCUCGCUGAAUUAGCUACGGAUAAUGUUCUGGUGUUCGAGUGGGUCACGACCGAUUGGUCGAAGUGUUCUCAAACUUGCGGAGGAAGUGGAUUCCAAAUGCGAGGUGCACAGUGUACAGUUCGAUCGACGAAGAUCGAUGGCAAUUCCACGCGCGUUUCGCCGAGGACGGUCAUCGGUCAGACGUUGUGCGAGGACGCCGGAUAUCCGGUACCUCAGAAGGUGAGACCUUGCGGAAGUGGCAAGUGUCCUCAAUGGCACACCACGGAAUGGACUCCAUGCGAAACGUCCAGAUGCUUCAAUUGGAAGACGGCAAUGCAGAAGCGUGAUAUUAGCUGUCGUCUAGUGCACGACCUAGAGGAUGGUCACGAGAACAUUACAUUACUUGAUCCGAGCAAGUGCGACGAAGCCACGAGGCCGCUACAAAGACAGGAAUGUUACAACGAUGCCUGCAAGGGCGUGUGGAGGGUUGGCGAAUGGACCGAGUGCCCUGCGUCUUGCGAAGAAGAUGGUAUUAAGUAUAGGAUUUUACAAUGCGUCUGGUUCGGCACGAAGAAACCAGCGGGAAACGCUUGUAGAGAUAUACCACGACCUCCUGUAAUGAAAACAUGCAGGGGUCCGCCUUGUCCUCAAUCUACCGCAUUAGCAGAAGAUUGCAAGGACCAUUCGCAGUUGUGCGGCAGAGUGAAAACGUUGAACAUAUGUAAGAUGCCGCUGUAUAAGAAACAGUGCUGCGCAACGUGUCGCUAGAUUCGAGAGAUUGAUCGUAAGUGACUCAUCAUCUUGUGAAGAUUAGAUAAAAUGAGCGAUAAUGAAGAGUGCGCGUGAGACAGAGACAGUGUAAAUCGUGAUUAGUCGAACAAUUACUUCGUGACAUAUAUAAACGCACCCGGGAUGCCUGUUGUUAGUAAAUUACGUAACACACGCCGAAGAAGCGUGGUCACUGUGGGAUAAAAUUGCACAGUAUUAUGAUGUCUGAUUUAUAGAUAAAAGAAAAAAAUGUCCGAGAAAGGAGUUGACCAAAACUACUUCGCUGUAAUAGUUUCUUCGUCGUAUCGUUGCGAGAACUCGUUCACCUCCUCGCCUCGAGCGUUCCUCGUGUAACAAAGAGAAAAACCCGCCAAUCUUAACAAUUUCUAAUUAAUUGAACCAUAAUUUUAUAACGUAUGUCACGCGUAGUUUCGGUGCGAUUCCUAUAAAUUGCGCACGCUCACAAUUGUCCCUAGUUAAAAAAAGAUAAAGGAAGACAAAAUGAAAAUCUGGCAUUCGUCCAAGAAAGUUAAGAGCGUUAUAUUGUUAUAGUUCGAUGAGAGAAUGGGGAGUAGAAAUUUAUUACUACACCUUGGAAGAUCGUUAUAUUGCGACAUACCGUUGAAAUCGACACGUUAUUGAAUGUUGUCAAUGUUGGUGCUUUAAGUCGCACGGAAAAUGGCUUUAAACAGAAUGAUAUUUAAAUUUUAAUAAAACGCUAAGUCUGGAGUGCUGGGAAGCAUAAGUGAUUUGUGUCGCAAAGCACUUAUUAAAAACAUUUCUUCUUGA